UUUUUGACAGAUCUACAUAACCUAAAUAAACAUUUUCAAAUUUUUAUACAAAAAAUGAUCAAUAUCCAGUUAUUUUUUCUUGUAUUUCUAAAAGUUUACAUUCUGCUGAUAACAUUAUAUCCAUCCGGAGCAUCUGAGGAAUUUUGUACGAAACCAGAUGGUAAAUGCGAUGAAGAAAAAAUCAAUAAAUACUCAAAAGAAAAUAAUGCUGAAUUCCAAAAGUUUUUGCAAGCUAUAAGGGAAGCAAAAGAACAGUAUAUUCCUUGUAAAGAAUCAAAGUGCUCUUGCCAUGCCAAUGUUAUUACCAAUGAUUUGAAAACUUUUGGAGAUGGUAUAACAAAGAAACUAUUAGAUAGUGUGAAUUCCAAGGGUACAAAAUAUCAAAUAAUCGAUCACCACCUAUAUAGAGAGCAAUCUUGCAUGUUUCCAGCAAGAUGUGCAGGUGUUGAACAUUUUCUACUUGAACUCUUGCCAAAACUACCUGAUACCGAGUUUAUACUUAAUCCAAGAGACUGGCCACAGAUCCAUAAAAACUAUGGGCUAUUUGGACCUGUGUUUUCUUUUAGCAAGACAUCUCAAUACAAUGAUAUUCUCUAUCCUGCAUGGGCAUUUUGGGAAGGUGGUCCAGCUAUAAGCUUAUAUCCCCGUGGCAUAGGUAGGUGGGAUCAACACAGAAACAUUCUAGGAACCUUAGGCAACACUACAAAGUGGGAAGAUAAAAUAGCAAAAGCAUUCUUUAGAGGGUCCAGAACAAGCUCUGAAAGAGACCCUUUGGUACUUCUAUCCAGAGAAAAACCAGAUUUGGUAGAUGCUCAGUAUACUAAGAAUCAAGCUUGGAAAUCUGAUGCAGAUACUCUUCAUGCUCCCCCAGCCAAAGAAGUCUCAUUCGAAGAGCACUGCAAGUACAAGUAUCUCUUCAACUUCAGAGGGGUCGCAGCUAGUUUUCGAUUUAAGCAUAUGUUUCUUUGCAAAUCUGUUGUGUUCCAUGUUGGCAAUGAAUGGAUUGAGUUCUUCUAUCCAGCUUUGAAACCUUGGGUCCACUAUGUUCCAGUGGACUCAAAUGCAACUAAGGAACAGUUGGAAAAAUUACUGGAUUUUAUUAAGGAGCAUGAUGAUGUUGCUAAAAAGAUUGCUGAAGAUGGUUACAACAUGAUUUGGAACAAUCUGAAAAUGAAGGAUGUAAGUUGCUACUGGAAGAAGUUGCUGAAAAGGUAUACAAAACUUUUGACCUACAAACCAGUGCUUGAUAAAUCACUAAUUGAGAUAAAAAAAUGAGGCACGGGGUAUGGGGAUUGGAUCCAUGAAGUUAAAUUGUUUGCUAUGGAAUACUGAUUUUGAUGACGGGUAUCUUUAUACAUUCCUUUAUUCUUGCACAUUUGUCUGUAUUAUCUAAGUUUUUUUGCAAAAAGCUAAGAUUUUUGCAAUACAACAGAAACAUUCGAAUUUGUAUAAAAUUAGAUCCUUAUAUCCGAGAAUUAGUUAUCAAUUAUUAGGAUUUGUUAGCACUUGGAAUAGGUGCAAACAUUAAGGUUAUUCUUCAAAUCAUAGCAAAAUAGUCAUACAGAAACUCCUCUUUUGUAAAAUGAAAUAAGUAUAUCAUCGGAUUAUAUAUCUAAAAUUGACAUAACUAAAAAAUUAUCCUCAAAUAAAGUUGAACUCUUUGUAAAGUAUUUUGCAAAUGAUUAAUUUUGCGAAAAUCUCGAUUAUUUAUUUUCUCUUAAAACACUUUUUUUUCAAAUGAAUGUAUAGCUACAUUAUGCCAUUCUACCUGAAGAUAGCCAUCCUAAUACUUUACUCGACAGCUGUUUCUCCUAUCUGUAAUAAUCAUAAACUUACUUUGAAAAGGUUGGUAUCUCAUAGAUGGCGCUGUAGCCAACUGUAUAUCAGCACAUCACCAUUCAUGAGACCCUAACCUUUUCAAAGUAGAUUUUGAAUUAUUGCGGAAAGGAGAAAUAGCUGUGACAGAUUCUCAUAGCUGAUACUACAUUAUCUCAUUUUAUCUCGUUCAAUCUCGCGAAAAUAGUGUUAAGUUGUCUGUUUUCUGGUAAAAUACGUUAAUCUCGAUCAUUUAUCAUAAUGAACAAUUAUGCGCAAGAUUUAAUAUAUUUUUAGACUUCUUCUUGCAUGUGAACGUAUGUUUUGACCUUCCAAAUUUUCAGGUAAUUGUAAGUAACGUGCAUUGACAAUAAUAUUUACUGUACUGCUGAAAAUAUCACGAGCUUUACUGACUGAAGCUAGUGCUAGUGGAACUAUUUUUCCAAAUCUUAUUUUAAGAUACGUUGAUCUUUUUUCCAUUAUAAAUAGUAGUUAUCUAGUACUUACGUAUUUUUUCCAAUUUUAGUCAAUUUGUUAUUUAAUUUUAAAUGCAUUUGUAUUAGUUUCCUUAUACAUUAUGCAGUAACUUUAUAUUUUAGACAAAAUUGUUCGUGUUUUCUAUAUCUUUGUUAUGUUUGUGUAGCAGUGUUAAAUUAAUUGUACUAUUAUUUUAUUUAAAACUAUUUAUUUCAUGAAUAUUCAACACAUUCCAAGAUCUGAAUUACUGACAAUAAUAUUAAAGUAGCGUUUAGAUAAUUGUAUGGAUCAAUAUAUUAAUGUGGUUCCUUGUAUUGACACCCAAGAGUUGUGACAUAUAAUUCCCAUGGGUUUUUAUCUUCGAAAUUUUCUAAGUGACAGAAAAGAGAACACCCCUUAACAAUGAAUUUAUUACAACAAUUUUUAGAAUAGAUAUCCGUUAUACCGUAUUUGCAUGGCACGAAAUGGAGCACCUGUCUGCUCAGAUGGUUUAAGAAGUAGAUGUGCACCCCAUUCCCUCCCAUACACUGUAAUUUUUUCGUCAAAUCAUGGGAGUAAAUCUCGUACCUCUUGAUGUAUCAAACAUGCAACAUGAAGUAAUGUUUUACUUGUUGCCAGUAUUAUCCUCUUAUCAUUUUUUGUGCAACUGUGAGGCGAACAUUUCGAACAUCAAGGAGAGUGUUGAUUUCUAAUAUAUUGGAAAUUAUUCUAGAAGCUCUUUAUUUAGGCGUAAACGUUUGUGUAGUGUGAUACAACAAUAAGUGUCUAAAUGCGACAAUAAUUAGAUUUAAGAAAAAACAUGACAAUAAUUUGAUGUCUUAUAUCUAUAUGUGUCGUGCAGUAUAUAUCAGAAAUAUAUGUUUAAAUACUCAUAUUUAUUGACCCCAUAUUAUAUAAAUCUUUGAAAAUUGCAUGAUUGAUGUUCUAAAUAUAUUGUGUUUCAAAUGAAGUGUCAACGAACAUUGUUUUUUUUAUUCGCUCAAAAGUAUUCCACCUGUUCUAUUUACUGACUGUUGAAGACAAG